ACAAAACCACAGAGGAGAGAAAAGAUAACCAAAAUUAAAUUCAUCAUCACCAUGAGGAGCGAUCAAGUACGUUUGAAUUCCGGCAUUACACUGCCCGUUCUUGGCUUUGGAACUUAUUCCUUUGCCAAUGAUAAGGCAACCACUGAGCAUGCUGUUCAUUUGGCUCUCAAGAUGGGUUACCGCCAUUUUGAUACAGCAAAGAUAUACGGUUCUGAACCGGCACUUGGAAAUGCUUUAAACGAAGCGAUUCUCGAUGGGUGUGUGAAGAGAGAGGAUGUUUUUGUGACAUCUAAACUCUGGGGAAGUGAUCACCAUGAUCCUGUUUCAGCACUCAAACAAACUCUAAAGAACUUAGGGAUGGAAUAUAUAGACAUGUAUUUGGUGCAUUGGCCUGUAAAAUUAAAGCCAUGGGCAGUAUAUCCAGUCCCCAAUGAAGAAGACUUUGAGAAGUUGGAUAUUGAAGCCACAUGGGUAGCCAUGGAGAGAUGUUUAGAAUUGGGAUUGUGUAGAACCAUUGGUGUCAGCAAUUUCUCUAGCAAGAAGAUCCAACGGCUGUUAGAUUUUGCUUCUGUCCCUCCAGCCGUUAAUCAGGUGGAAAUGCAUCCUAUGUGGAGACAAAGCAAGCUUCGUGAGGUAUGUGGAGAGCACAAAAUCCACGUCAGUGCUUAUUCACCACUGGGUGGGCCAGGAAAUUCAUGGGGAUCAACGGCUGUGGUUGAACAUCCAAUCAUCCAAGCCAUUGCUCUGAAACACAAGGCUACUCCGGCUCAGGUUGCUCUAAAAUGGGGAUUGUCGAAGGGAGCCAGUGUGAUUGUGAAGAGCUUCAAUCAAGAGAGAAUAAGGGAGAACAUGGCUUCUUUCAAUCUUAAAUUGGACGAUGAAGAUCUCAUUCAGAUUGACAAUUUGGAAGAGUGGAAGAUUAUGAGAGGAGAUUUUCUUAUCAACCAAACAACUAGCCCAUACAGGACCCUUGAAGAUUUAUGGGAUUAUGAAAUCUGA